UAUAUAUAUACUAGCUCUUCUUACUGCCUAUAGGGGUAAAUUGAACUCUUGUUGUUUCAAUCAUUGCAUAUUCUUUACACUUUACGAUCCUUAGUUAUCGCACAACUAGAUUCUUCUUAUCUUAGGUUGCAAAGAAAAUUGAGAAACGAUAUUACCGAAACUACCGGCAAGAAAAUUAGAUAGAAAUUAUACACAUAAAAUGCUUGUCAAAUUCACAAACGCCUUACUUUGUGACAAUGCACAACUUAUCCCAGGUGAUCUUUGGGUUGACUUGAAAUCUGGUAAGAUUGUUUCCCCAAACCCAAGUGCUUCUCACGAAACAAUCGAUCUUCAUGGUGCCGUCCUUUCUCCUGGUUUCUUGGAUGUUCAAGUGAAUGGUCUUUAUGGACUUAACUUUUCUGACCUUAAGCUGACUCAUCCGAAGGCUGUCAAGGAAUUCAAGUCUCACUAUGAUGAUGCUAUGACAAAAUACUUAACUACUGGUGUUACUUCUAUUUGUCCUACUGUUACUUCCAAUUUCCCUGAAGUUUACGAAAGUGUUUUACCAGUCCUUAAGCCUAGCAGAUCUACUCAUCAAACUGAUUCAUUGGGAGCUCAUUUAGAAGGGCCAUUCAUUAACUUGAAGAAGAAAGGUUGUCAUCCAGUGGAAACAUUUGUUGAUGCCCAUGAAGGUCCACAAAAGAUGCUUGAAGUUUAUGGUGGAGAAGAUAACCUUUUGGACAAUGUUUGCAUAGUUACCGCAGCUCCAGAAAUCCCAGGUGUCUUAGAGGCAAUUCCUGAACUUAAAAAGAGAAAUAUUACCUAUUCUAUUGGUCAUACCACUGCUGAAUACAAAACUGGUCUCAAGGCUAUUGAUCAAGGUUGUACCAUGAUCACUCAUUUAUACAACGCCAUGCCACAACCACAUCAUAGAGAUGCUGGUGUUGUUGGUCUCAUUACAUCUCCAGCGGCUGGCCCUGAGAAAACCCCAUACUUUGGUCUUAUUGCUGAUGGUGUGCAUGUGGAUCCAUCCAUGGUUACAAUUGCAUACAAGGCUGCACCAGAAAAGUGUAUGUUAGUUACAGAUGCUAUGCACUUGAUUGGAUUACCAGAUGGUACUUACAAGUGGGAUGCUCAAGAAAUUGUGAAAACUGGUCCAUCCUUGAAAUUGAAAGGAACUGAUACACUUGCUGGUGCUGCCACCACCUUAGAUGCAUGUGUAAGAAACUUGGUCCAUUGGGCACAAGUCCCAUUGGAGGUUGCUCUUGCAUCUGUCACCAACAUUCCAGCAAAGGCUAUCAAUGUUCAAGAUCAAAAGGGGUUCUUGAACGUUGGCUGUGAUGCUGAUUUAGUUGUAUUGGAUUUGUUUGGUCACAUCAAACAAGUUUACAAGUUGGGGGUUAGAGUAACUGAAAAAGAACAAGUUCGUGCUCAAUUGUAAUUGCAUUAUCAUACAUAUCUACAUAGGAAUAUAAUACCAUCAUAAAGAAGUAAACAUUGUAAAACUCUUUCAAUAGACCAU